AACACAACGGAAGUAGGAGAGCUGCAGUAGAAUCCGGGUCCCUUUCAUCCCUGGACCCAGAAGCCCGAGAGUGAAACGCAAACUCGGGGAAAUUUGAACCUCACGGCUCUCCGUAUGGUCGGCCGUCUUCAGAUUCCCGCGCUUUUUUGGCACACAGAAUCUAAAGAAGAAUUUGUUAAAGUCAGAAAGAAGGACCUGGAACGGCUGACCACGGAAGUGAUGCAAAUACGGGACUUCUUACCCAGAAUACUAAAUGGGGAGUUACUGGAAAGUUUCCAGAAAUUAAAAGUUGUAGAAAAAAACCUGGAAAGAAAAGAACAAGAAUUAGAGCAGCUGAGAUUGGACCGUGAACACUUCAAAGCCCGGCUACAAACUGCACAGGCAGAGAGUGGGAGGGAGAAGAAGGAGAAGCUGGCUCUUCGACAGCAGCUAAAUGAGGCAAAGCAGCAGCUCCUCCAGCAGGCAGAGUACUGCACACAGAUGGGGGCUGUCACCUGCACCCUCCUCUGGGGGGUCUCCAGCAGCGAGGAAGUCGUCAGAACCAUUCUAGGAGGAGACAAAGCAUUGAAGUUUUUCAACAUCACUGGUCAGACGAUGGAGAGUUUUGUGAAGUCAUUGGAUGGGGAUGUCAAGGAAGUUGAUUCUGAUGAAAAUCAGUUUGUCUUUGCACUGGCUGGAAUUGUAACAAAUGUUGCCGCCAUUGCCUGUGGCCGUGAGUUCUUGGUGAAUUCCAGCCGGGUGCUCCUGGACACCAUGUUGCAGCUGCUGGGGGACUUAAAGCCUGGCCAGUGCACCAAACUCAAAGUUCUAAUGCUGAUGUCCCUGUAUAAUGUGAGCAUCAAUUCAAAAGGCUUGAAAUACAUCAGUGAGAGUCCUGGAUUUAUCCCUUUGCUGUGGUGGCUUUUGAGUGAUCCAGAUGCAGAAGUGUGUCUUCAUGCCCUGCGGCUCAUCCAGUCUGUGGUUCUAGAACCAGACGUCUUCUCCAAGGUGGCCCCUGAGCUGCAGAGCUCCUUACCGCUGCAGCGCAUCCUGGCCAUGUCUAAGAGCCGCAACUCCCACCUGCAGUCUGCUGCCCGGGAGCUCCUGGAAGACCUCCGUGCCCUGGACUGUAGUGUUUAGAUGUGCUUGGCCACCAGGAGCUUGGUGAAGAUGCCAGUGGCCCUUCCCCUCCCAGGCCUCUACCUUCAUUUUCAAAACUAGUUGUUACUGUAUGUCAUGUGUUAGAGAUUGCAGGCCUUGAUGGACUAGAGAUGGGCAUGAUAGGUAAGCAUCCUGCCUCUCACUCCUGGGAAUGCACUCUUGUUAGGCAGCUGGCUAAUCUUACCAGAUCAGUGACCCAAAAAAGGUGGUAUUCUCCAGAAAGGUCACUCUGAACGUUGGAAACUCUCACAGAGUUUUCUCAGAGUAGCUUCUCGCUGCCCUAGAGGCUGCCUACACCAUGGGAGUUUAGAUCACCAUCUACCAUGUGGUCAGUGUUUCCCAGAAGCAUUUCUGUGAUAGCCUGUCCGCUUUCCCUGGUAACUGUAACCCCACCGCACAGGCUAACCUUCCUGACCUUUUGUAACCUAUUAUUUCACAUGCAUUGGACACUUGAUCUCUGUCUUGGAGCUUCUUUUAUUUUUGAAUAAAGUCGAGUC